UUAUCCACCUACAUCCGUGAUUUAUGUUAAACAUUACACAAAGCGUGCAACAAAUGACUACGAGUUACCAUGGUUACUGGAUGCAUCCAAACCAUGAUCCAAACACAACAUGACCCGACCAGCUGAGGAGCUACAUAUGGGCUUUAAGUCCCAAAAUUAACAAAAAUAAUUUGGACACAUCUGUAACUUGAGAGGCUCAUAGAAACUGAAAAAAUGUACAAAGUGGAUUUGCCUUUAGACCAGUCCAUAGAAAAUGCUGUGGAGAGGCGAAGGUCUGCAGAAACAGAGCGUAAGGCCCGGAUCUUCAACACUCGGCUCCGUGUGAUGGGUCUCGAUGUUUCUGCUCUCGACCAACAGGUUCAGAAGAAAAAACACCAGCAAAACAUGGAGAUACAACGAGACAAAGCUUUCGAUACGCUGAGAGAGUAUCACGAUGAAGCUCUGCUGCAGCAAGACAUUGAUGAAAAAGAGAAACAAGACACUUUGCAAGCUGAGCUGACCCAGUAUUGGGCCACUCAUCAGUGUGUAGAGGACUCACGAGAUGCUGAUCUCAAGUGUGGCCUGAAGGGGGCGUUCAGUAGCACCACUCCAGAGGGUAAACUGGGGCCUGCCAGUAUGACACUCUUUCAGGGAGAGGAUAUUGGAGAGGAGCAAAGAAGGAGAGAACAAAUGAAAAAGACAGACAGAGAUCUACGAACACAGAAGGAAGACAAUGAGAGAAAGCACGUGGGAGAAAAGCAAAGAGAGAUGAUCGUGAACAAAGAGUUGGUGCUUCAGGACCUGAGGGGGGUUCAGCUACAUGCAUUAGACGAGGAGUGUAAGAAAGCUACCCGCAUCGCACUCGACAACUACAAUCAUGCUCUGACUGCAGAGAGGGCAGAGAGACUGAAGGAGCAGCACAGGAGAGAGGAAAUGGAGAAACGUGCAGAGAUGCAGCACACUCUGACAUCCGACAUGAUGACAGAGUGUGCAGAGGCAGCGGAGAGAGAGUUGGGAGGAAGGAGGGCGGCCCGGGUCCUGGUGGACAGGUGGAAGGGGAUGAGCCCCAAGCAGCUGAGCGCCAUCCACAGGGAGAGAGAAGAACAGCGCCAAGAGAGAGAGAGACAACGUGAUGCUGAAAAGAUUCAGAAUGCAGCUUGGGAACUCCAGCUGCUGAAGCUGUCCAGAAAAGCAGAGGAGGAGGACAGAAGAGCAGAAGAGCUGAGGAGAGAGAGGAGGAUUCAGACGGAUCAUUACAACAUGCAGCUGGCCAGAGAGCAGCAGGAACAUCAGGAGUUCCUGAACAAGAAGCUCUACACCAACAAACCCAGCAAGGACUACUUUCAUCAGUUCAACACCAGCUCCCGCUGACCCCCACACUGCCCCCCCUGACAAUGUGAUAAUAAAAUAUCUUAAUUGCUCACACUCAAUGUUAAUUGAAUCUUCAUUAAGUCAUACUUGCUGAAUUCAAAGUGACAUGGCAUGGAUUUUAUUCCCAGAUACUUGUGACAAAGAAGGAACCCUUUUAUUGGUACAGAUUGUAGUGGACAUGUUUUAUUUUUCACUCAUAAAUGCAGUUACAGUGGUAGAUUCAUAAUGCAGUUACAGUUAUAUUGGCUCAACCCAACUCUUGUCAUUCAGCAAUGAUACCCGAAGGUACCAUCCGUCCCAUUGUGCUCACCACUCUCCACAAAGAGGCACAUCUACACCCCGGCUGCACUCCCUUCUCCUCCUUCCUCCCCUUAUUCCUCUCACCACAUUUCUCUCACCACUCCCCUCCUACUCAGGCAUUGUUGUUUUAAAAUCUGUCCGCUUUUUUGAGUUGUGAAGAAGCAGCUCUUAUCAAACCAAUUCACUUCUUUUUUUUUUUUUACAGGUUUUGAUGUUUGAGAUAUUAAAAAAGGGGGAAAACAAGAGCGGAAAAGCAAAGGCCUGUGUCCUCAGCUUUCCCCUUGACACAUGAAAAGCAAAGAGUGGCAGUCGAGUGAGUAUCUGUGUGUGUACACUCAUUCCUCAUUCAAAGCUAACAUUUGCCCUGAACACUGACAAACACAGAUGUUUAGCAGCAGAUAGUCAAGUUAGAAUAUUGGCAUAUUGUGUGGCCUUCUUCACUCCUAUAUGAAAAUAGAUUUUUUUUUUUUUUAAAAGCUUUAUUUGUCCUGAGUGUGUCUGUGUAACCAACAGUAGGGAGUUUACACACACCUCCUUCAGUGCCACUAGCCUGUUUAGACAUCCCAUAUACUUUACCUCAGGGACUGUCAGGUGGUGUUUGGCCAGUGUCAAGCUUUUAUUUGGAUAGGGAGAACUGAGGCAGCGAUGUUGCAUAUAGGUACUCCCUGUGGUAUGCACAAACCAGCUCACUGCAUCUCAUAACUGCACCACACUGAAACUCCACAGAUAUUCACUGCGCUGCAAUGCAUUAUGGGCAUAAACGCAAUCUUAGCUUUUAUUGAAAUGGAACUACUACUAUCACUAAAUGACACUAAUGUACAUUGUUUUGGAUUUUCAAUAUGUUUGCAAACAUCUACAGAACAAUUUGAAUGUUUCCCCUUUUUAUUUUUUUCCCCACCUCAACCAUGAACAUUUUUUUUGCUAAAACAGCCAAAUUUCACUGCAAUUAUUUGUCAAAAGUGGAAAGUUUGCAUUUAUAGCAAUAGUACAAAGAAGAAAAAUUACAACUUGCAACACUUUAAACUAAGUUAAGUGGUUUCAAACCUGCACAUUUUCACAUUUUUAUAUCAAACAUGGUUGGGUUCAUCAAAACAAUCUUUAAGGGUUGUAUUUACAUUCUGUGGAGGAAAAAAAAGACGGUUCUUCACAUAACCACUCCAGCAUUUUGUAGCUCAGAUCUUCUUUUAAUCAGUAGCAUGUAAAUACAAUGUCUGCCCAGCUCUGAAAAGAAUACAUUCUCUGUGUUUGAUGUAAAUACCAACUGCUUGCCUUAAUUAUACAUCAACUGGCAAUAAUUACACCUGUCUGCAAUAUCAACUUGCAAUGAAAAGGGUCUGAAAAUAAAACAUGAGUGUCUGCCCACAAGACUCCACUCUCUGAUCUGUAAAUAUACAUAAAUACUGCUCCUCAAACAGUUAGCGAAGUAUGAGAUGAACAGGUAGGAAAAGAUUGUUAAUUAGAGACAACAAUGUUUUUAAUACAGUGUAGAAAGAGACAAAGACACAUACAGAAAGCUACACAUAGGUCUCGACACAAAAAAAUUACAAUAUCAUUUCCAAUAAUGACAUUACACUUCUGGUGGGAAGGCGAGAGAGUAAUGACAUCAAUCUGGUGCUCUAUGCAGACCCAGCAGGCACAGGAACUUAUAAGGAGCAUGUACAUAUCUAUAAUACUGUAUUAUGGCUAAAUAGAUAGAUGUAGAUGCAGCUAUAUACACCAGAUGCUACUCAGCGUGUUCACAGCAAGUUCCCCUUAAUGCAUCCAAUGCUAUUUAUAGUAAGAAACUUGGCUUAACUUAGUUUCAAUGAAAACAUCUUGAUUUCAGUAAUAUGUCAAUAAACAGAAGUCAUGAGUUGUAUAUAAAUAGUGUAGAAAACAAUAUGAAACAAUUAUGAUAUAAAUAAAAAAUAGCAGAUAACAAAAAUGACUCAUUAGUAAAAAAGAAAAAAGAAAACAAUGUCACUUGGAGGUACAAUCUGAGACGUCAAA